UGUUCGUUUCCCUCCCCCAAAUCCAACCACAAGAAUAGGAGCCCUCCCCCCUCUGGAUGCCGCCGCCGCCGCCGUCGUCAUGACCCCCGCCGCAUGGCCGGUCUGCACCAUCUGCUACGAGGACCUCCGCCCGCUCUCCGACCAGCACAUCUACUGCCUCCCCUCCUGCGGCCACGUCUUCCACGCCCUCUGCGUAGAGCAAUGGCUGGAAUACUGCCCGAGCGCGGGCGGCAAGAAGAAGGGCAAGUGCCCCAUCUGCAAGCAGGCCUGCGGCGCCUCUCACCCCCCGACCCGCCUCUUCUUCCAGUCCACCGGCGCGUGCCCCACGCAGGCGCCCCCCUCCUCGUCGCAGGACGCCGACCCGGAGGCGCUCGCCGAAGAGGUCGCCCGGCUGGAGCAGAAGGCGUCGUCCCUUGGCAAGGUGCUCGAGGAGCAGCGCGAUGGGAUCCAGAAGCUCAACGCCGAGGUCGUUAGGUGGAAGGAGCAGGCGGCGACCGCAGAGACGAUGCGGGAGUCGGCUAGGAAGGAGAAAGAGUCUGUGCAGCGGCUGCUCAAUGCGAAAACAGAGGAGUUGUCGAGGAAGACGUCAGAGUGCGUGAGGUUGCACGAGAGGAGCCUUGCGUUGGCGAAGGAGCUUGCGGCCCUGAAGCUGUCGACUGACAUGAACCUUCAGGAAGAAGACAUCCUAAAGUUGGCUUCAUUGGGUAACCAUGGCAACCUUGAGAAUGCUGUUGACGUCCUGAAGAGAUCACUUGCUCUCCGCAACAAGAGCUACAAAGACUUGAUGGUCCAAUGCAAUCAUCUGGGAAGAUCAGAAAGUCGCGCUCAGCAGAGGAUUGAGAAGGACAAAGAGCUGAUAAAGAAGUUGAGGGCAAAGGUACUUGAUCUUCAGAAGGAGCUGGAAGAAAAGGAAAAUAAUGUCAUCAGAGACUUGAGGUCUUCAAAGAAAUUUAAAGCUGACCAGAAGCAGACAAAUCCAGUGAAUGUCAGUGCUAAUAAUGGUUUCUCUAGUCCAUCUGUUGGACAUGGGAAUCAAACGGUUAAGCUUGAUGAUGUGAUGCAAGAUGGAUGCAAGGAGAAGGCUCAGUCAAACCAGGUGACCCCUGAAGCUAAAAAAGAUCCGAUCUUAGAAGACAACCUUGAAAUAAAGAUUGCAGAUGUGAUAGACUUAGAUGCGGAUGAUAAAGACACGAUAAAAUGUCCCACCGAGCUGUUUGGGUAUAAUGAUUGCACUUUGGAUAUACAAAAUCAGUCCAGUCGCUGUGAACGUGGUACUGAAGAGCCCACGGCAUUCGGAUGUGAGCCUUCCUUGGAUGUACCAGAAGAAACAUCAUUUUUGAAACACACAGCGGCUACUGGAAAAUCAACAUUUCAGGAGAUUCUUAUGAAGACCAAACUGCAAAACGUUCAAGAGCUUCCUGUUCUGAGAAGCACGAAUGUUACAACUUCAACAUGGAAGAAAGAAUCACUGACAAUUGGUGGCAUCUCUAAACAAGCAACUAGGCUGGCUUCUGGCACUGGACCUCAGACAUUUCACAAUUUAAAUUCUCUUUCCGAUGAUGAUUUUCAAACGCUACCUGGAUGUACCGGUGAAGGGGCAAGAAAAGGCAUCGGCAAAUGGUCCAAGGGCAUGGCAGCACCUGGGUAUCUAGGUGCAAACACAAACAAGGGCAAUCUGAUAUCUGUGGGGCACGACGGGCGCGGGGGAAAGGUGAAAGUCCUGAGAGGUCAUGGCCGGUUCCCGGAUAGCAGGACUCCAGCAUUGUGGCCAAAGGCACAGCAGAAGGCUGGAGGCAAAGGUGGGCAGUCUCACCUAGAGCACUUCUUUGAGAAGAGAUGAUGAUCCUAGCUUCCUACUGAGAAUGCAUGUUGUGAUGAAAUGGUGCCACUGCCUGCUGUGUGGCUUGUGCCAUACUUGCAGGGAGACAUGAAUCCAGAUUUUGUAAUCGGUGCACUAUUAGCAUUGGUCCAGUGAUGUUAGAGGUUGGACACAAUCUCUCAAUGCUAUUUGAGACGCCUGAAUCCCUCAGUGCCCUGGCUUAUGCUUUGGUUUGUCAAGGGUCCAGUUUGUGCACACGGUGGCAUUGUUUAUUUGAUUUGAUGCACAUGUUGUGUCAUGUUUUCUAAUUAGUAUUGUUAAGAGUUGAGGAGGCAACAGAGAAGACUUCACUUUUGGCUCAAUGCCGAACUAGGUUAUCUGCUGCUGUGUCCGGUUUUGUCGGUUCACUUUU